AUGGCAGAUUUAACAUAUAUUUGUAAAAGAAAAUUAUUAAAUAAAUUAUGGGAAGAACUUCCAAAGAGUUGGAAAAUAUUAGUUGUUGAUAAAGAAGCAUUAAAAGUUAUUUCAUCAUUUUGUGGAAUGGAUGAUUUAUUAAAUGCGGAUAUUCUUGAUGUUAAUAAUUUGGAAAAGAAAAGAGAAGCAUUUAUGUGUCCAGCAUUAUAUUUAAUAUCACCAACAAAAGAAUCAGUUGAUAGAAUUGUUAAUGAAUUUAAAGAUUUAGCACAUCCACAAUAUUCUAGUGGAUAUGUUGCAUGUAUUAAUGCUAUUGAUAAAACAUUAUUUGAUGAAUUAAAAAGUAUACCAAGAAUUAAAGACGUUCGAGUAAUUCCAAUAGAUUUUUUAACAAUUGAACAAAGAGUAUUUUCAUUAAAUAAUGCAAAAGCAUUUUAUUCAUUAUAUUCAAAAGAAAGUAAAGAAGAAGAAAAAGAAAAAGAAAUAGAAAAAAUAGGGAAAAGUUUAGCAACAUUAUUAUAUUGUUUAAAUAUUAAUCCAGUAAUUAGAUAUAUUAAUAAACCAAACGAAGAAAUAAGUGAAAAAAUAGUAGAAGCAGUUCAAAAAGGAUAUGGAGAAUUAUCAGGAUGUCCAGUUGUAGAAGCAUUUAAUCCAGCAGAAAAAACAACAAGACAUUUAAAUUUAAUAAUUGCAGAUAGAAUGUUUGAUUUAAUAACACCAUUAGUAACAGAAUUUACAUAUCAAGCAAUGGUAUAUGAUUGUAUUGAAGUUAAAAAAGAUAGUGUAAAAAUAGAAAGUAAAAGUGGAACGAAAACAAUGGUAUUAGAUGAGAAUGAUAAAUUUUGGAAAAUUAUUAGACAUCAACAUAUAGCAAAUGCAUCACCAUAUGUUGUUAAAGAAUUUAAUAAAUUUGUUUCAGAACAUAAAGGAUUAAGUGGAAAUAAAACAGCAAAAGAUAUGAAACAAAUGGGAGAAAUGAUGAAACAAUUACCAGAAUAUAUGGAUUUAAUGAGUAAAUUUAGUAAUCAUAUGGAAUUAAUUACACAAUGUUUUAAUCAAAUGAAAGAAUUAAAAUUAGAUGAAUUUGCAACAGGAGAACAAAUAAUGGCAACAGGAAGUGAUGUAGAUGGAAAAGAAAUUAAAAAAGCACUUCCAUAUAUUACAUCAGCAGUAGGAAAUAUAACAUUUCCAAUUGAUAGAAGACUUAGAGAAGUAUUAAUAUAUUUAUUUUCACAAGAAUAUAGUGAAGCAGAUAAAAAUGCAUUAAUAGGAACAUUAAGAGGAGAUGAAAGAAUAAAAAAAAUUAUAGAAAAUGCAAUAACAUUACCAAAAACACAAAGAGAAAAAAUUAAAAAUAAAAAAUCUAAAGAUGAAAAUGAUCAAGAAUUUGAUUUAUCACGUUAUAUUCCUUUUAUUAAAGAAAUUGUUCUUAGAAUGGCAAAUAAUGAUGUUCCUGAUUAUUGUAUUUUAAAUAAACUUGAUUUUGCUGGUUUUCCUGUAAAUAUUGAUCAAAAAACUGGUAAUAUUACUGUUGCUGCUGGAAAAUCUUUAAAAAAACAAAAAGCAAAAGAAAUUAAACAAGAUGGUCAAUUAGGUACUACUAAAUCUGUUAAAUUACUUGAAAAAGAUUUAUUAGGUUCUGAUUCUAAUAUUUUAGUUAUCUUUAUUACUGGUGCUAUUUCUUAUUCAGAAAUGAGAGUCGCUUAUGAAUUAUCUGAUAAAUUAAAAAUUAAUGUUUUUAUUGGAAGUAAUUAUAUUACUACUCAAAAUAAUUUCGUUAAUUUAUUACAAUCUCUUAAUGAUCCUCCUAAUUCUGAUCUUCCUCCUUCUUAA